AUCGUCCAAAGGUUCUCGGAAAGGUGCAAGUUCACGCGCUGAUAUAACGCCUGUGGAAGUGGAUCGCAGCAUAACGUGGGAGAGUGUGGGUGGCCUCAAGUCGCACAUUGAGGCUCUGAAGGAAAUGGUGAUGCUGCCCCUCCUGUACCCGGAAUUUUACGACAAGUACAAGGUCUCUCCACCGUCGGGUGUGCUGUUCUAUGGCCCCCCAGGCACAGGCAAAACGUUGCUAGCUAGAGCUUUGGCGAACUCGUGCUCCGUGUAUGAUGAAGGCGAGCAAGCUAGUGAAUCAAAAGGAUCUUCGAGCCCAGCUCAGCAUGGUGGAUCGAAGAAGAAGGGGAGACCAAGACGGCACGUCACGUUCUAUAUGAGGAAAGGAGCGGAUUGUCUGAGCAAGUGGGUGGGAGAAGCAGAGCGGCAGCUACGCCUAUUGUUUGAGGAGGCGAAGCGUAACCAGCCCUCGAUCAUCUUCUUCGAUGAGAUUGAUGGUCUCGCACCGGUGCGUAGCGCCAAACAAGACCAAAUCCACGCAUCGAUUGUGUCGACUUUGCUGGCCUUGAUGGAUGGUAUGGAUUCUCGUGGACGCGUCGUCGUUAUUGGGGCGACCAACCGACUGGAUGCGAUUGACCCUGCGUUGCGUCGACCUGGCCGGUUCGACCGAGAGCUAGGCUUCAAGUUACCAAACGUGAACGAGCGGAAAAGUAUGCUGGCGAUCCACUCGAAGCAUUGGAAGCCCCCACUGUCGGACAGAUUCCUUACGGACCUUGCCGAACAAACAGUGGGCUACUGUGGUGCCGACAUCAAAGCACUUUGCGCCGAGGCGGCCUUGUGCUCUCUGCGGCGCGUGUAUCCGCAAGUGUAUGCGAGUCAAGAUAAACUGCUGAUUAAUCUGGACAAGGUGGUUGUAGCUCGCAGUGACUUCAUGAAGGCAGCGAAGAAAAUCACCCCAGCUUCGCACCGAGCUGUGAGCUCGUUUGCGUCGCCAUUGCCCCGCGCCGUGAAAGGGUUACUGGAGGGGCAGCUCAAAACGAUCUUGCGCGAUGUGGCGAAUCACUUCCCGCUAUUCCCUCUCGACAAAGCCGCAAUUGAUGAUGCAGUCACCUCCACUGACGAAGUAAAAGGCGAAUUGCGUGCCGACGAGGACGAAAACGAAGACGAGGACGAGGGCGAGGAUAUUUAUGCCGUUGCGAACCACGAUGAUUGCGACGUUUGCUACGGAGAUGAAGGCGAGUUGCUUUGCUGCGACGCGUGUCCUGGUGCUUUCCAUCGUGCGUGUCUUUCGGAUUCGGCCACGGCUCAGGAGUCUACUGAGGUCACCACCAGUGGCCUUUGGUUCUGCUCGGAUUGCCAGAGCUCCAACGCGGCUGUCGUGCAAAAGGCACUAAACCGAGCGCAAAAGAAGCGCGUCCACUCGAUCGCUUCUCUUCAUAUACCACGCCACUCAGGGUUCCCUCGCGUCUUGGUUGCGGGCAAGGCUGGCAUGGGGCAGCAGUACAUUGGCCCAGCACUGCUGCACACGUUGGAGGGACUUACGCACUUCUCCCUCGACUAUCCGUCGCUUGUUGCCGAUUCGAACUCGCACGCCCCGGAAGAAGCUCUGAUCCAGAGACUCACUGAGGCGCAGAAGUGUCUGCCGUGUGUGCUUUACCUCCCACAGAUCGAGCUGUGGUGGAGGAACACGACCGAGUCGAUGCACCUGACGCUGAAGAUGAUGCUGAUGAACCUGCAAGUCCGGGCCAACCUGCCGAUUCUGUUCUUGGCAUGCACGGCGUCGUCCUCGAUCGAUGAUCAGAAUUUACCGGAGGAUCUGCUGGCAUUGUUCAAGGAGGACCCCAGCGUGUCCCGAACGUCUGUUGUGAUGGAGCUGGAUUCACCGAGCAAGGCCGCUCGGUUGGUCCACUUCGAGCAAGUUUUUUGCUCUUUCGCUACGCCUCCUUCGGUGCAGAAGACCAAGCGUAACAAGAAUGAGCAGCUGGAGGUGUUGCCGCUCGCCCCGCUUCCUCCUGCGCCGUCGUUCAUUGACCUGAGUCCGGAAGAGCAGCAGAAGAGAAAGGAGCGAGACCUUCACUUUCUGCGUGAGCUGCGCAUUUUCCUGAGUCAGGUGCUGGACUACUGCUAUUCGCAGAGGCCAUACACGCCGUUCUACGUUCCGGUGGACCCAGCCGCCGUGCCGAACUACUAUUUGAUUGUGAAGCGCCCGAUGGACUUGAGUACGAUGCGGGACAAACUGAACGACGAAGAGUACACGUGCUUCGAGCAGUUCAUGGACGACGUCCAGCUCAUCGUGCGGAACGCCAAUGUGUUCAACCCCAAGCGCAGCAGGACGCGUCAUAUUGCGCACGCAGCUGGCACCAUGAAGGACAAUAUCCUGUCGUAUGCGCACCGAUUCCGCAUCCGCCAGGGCUACGACCUGUUCGCCAAGUGCCGUGAAGUAACCAAGCGACUACGAGCCCACCCAAGUUUGUAUGGGGAGUACGGCCAGCGAUUCUUAAACUCUGCUGGGAAGACCACCCGCAAGAAUCAGACUCGAGCCCACGAGAAGCCCGGCGUGCGCACCAGCGCGCGGCUCCGUGGUGUAAAAGCUCCCGAGAUCAGCUUGGAUGCAGCCAUUUCGCGCGCGACCGCCAACGGCGGCAGCCACAAGAUGACCAGCAAUAGGGUGACUGUGAAGAAGGAGCCUGCGACGGAAGUGGAGGAUCCAAGCGGCAGCAAGGAAGCGGCAGAAGGUGACAAGCAGGUGACCCAGUGGUUUGACGAGGAAGAAGGGAAGAGUGAAGAAGAGGAACCGUCCAACACUGACAGCGGCGAGAAGGCUGACGAGAGAACCAUCGAGGAGGCCGAUGAUAGCGAAGACGAGGUGUUUGACGAGGGCGAUCGUGUCUUUGUAAGCAGUCGGACGCAUCCGGGAAUGAAUCGACCGGGCGGAGCUGGCGUCGUGCAGGGUCGCAAUAAGGACGGCACGUACAACGUCAAGUACAUUCUCGGCGGUACUGAGAAGAACGUGAGCGUGAAGUACAUCAAGCGCUUGACGGACGACGCAGUGAUGGAGUCGGUGAAGACGCAGCGGGAUGUAUCCAACAGCUCGGCGGAGGCGGCAGGCGCCGUGCGCUUGAUCCACGCGGAGGAGAAGAUGGACGAGACGGACUACUUCGAUGAGCUCUUGUGGCCCCUCUUGAAGGAGGAAGGCUGGACGCGCGACGACAACUUCGAUAUCAUCGAAGCUUCGGGCAAGGAGUCCGGGCUGGCCGUGCAGCGCGUCGUGUUCAAGCCGAACAAGAAGCGCAACGGCGAGACUAUGACUUUGAACAGCGUGAUGGAGGCCUUGGAGUAUGUCAACCAGGAGCCCGAGCUGGCGAAAAAGUGCUUCGGCAACCGGUACGCGGAAGGCAUGUUGACGGAUCAAGCGCUUGGUGGGGACAGCAGCGACGACGAGACCGUCGAGGCGGAGGAGGGCAGCGGCGUCACGACGGACGAGAAGGCCUCGGCACCGCAGAGCGAAGUUGCUGACGAGCAGAUGCCUGAGGCGCGCGACGAAGAGGAAGAGGAGAAAGUGGCUGAGGAUGUGGAGGACACACCGGACUUUAUUUAUGACGAGGUACGGGCGGCGGCGUGCUUGCUCUUGUGUUGGUUGGAAUGCUGAUGUGCUUACGGUGUGGUGUGGCUUGUGUGUUUGCUGCAGGCCCGAAUGGAGGCGGUCUUGAAGAAGCUGGUGGCGAAGACGGCGGGCUGGUCGGUCGACAAGCUGCGCGACGAGCUGCUGCAGCUGAACAAGCUGGCGUACCCGUUCCGCAACCGCUUCGACCGGGCCGACCUGAUGAUGGUGCGUCUAUGGAGUGUCGAGUGCCAUGUCUGUGAAGAGUGUCCUUGUACUGACCGUGUCGAAUUGGCGUGUGCAGGUUAUAGAGGCGCGAGUGAUGAUGAUGCAGUGAUGGAUAGCUAUAACGGCAAAUACACGCAUAGACUUCAUCCCCUAGUGUGCCAUUAGCAACUUGCUUCAACUGGACUCGAGUGAACCCAUCUACAGUAGAAUGGCAGAUCAGCUUGACCAUCUUUCCCGUGUAGGUACGAUAUAACCCAUACUUUAUUCAAACUUGAACGCUUAUCGAGCACAAGAGCGCGAUCUCUGGAGCAUUCUCCCCUUCAAGGUCCAAUUAUCAUAUUCGCGUGUCCCCAGUCUAUAGUCUCCAGCCAGGGUCGCCAUGCCGAUCGUGUACGCGCUCGUGUCGCGCGAGAAGACGGUGCUGGCCGAGUACACGGCCACGUCGGGCAACUUCCCCACGGUGACGCGCGUGCUGCUGGCCAAGAUCCCGACGGCGGACGGCCGCAUGUCGUACGUCUACGACCGGCACAUCUUCCACUACAUCGUCGAGGGCGGCGUGACGUACCUGUGCAUGGCCGACGACGAUCUCAAGCGGCGCGUGCCCUUCCUCUUCCUCGAGGACAUGAAGAGCCGCUUCCAGGCCGCGUACGGCGAGCGCGCGCUCACGGCCAUCGCCUUCGCCAUGAACGACCAGUUCCAGCACGAGAUCCGGCGCCUGCUCGACUACUACAACGCCAACCCGGACGCGGACUCGCUCUCGCGGGUCAAGCAGCAGAUCGACGACGUCAAGGACAUCAUGGUGGAGAACAUCGAGAAGGUGCUGGACCGCGGCGAGAAGUUCGAGCUGCUCGUGGACCGCACGGACAAGCUCAACCGCCAGUCGGUCAAGUUCGAGCGCUCGUCCACGCAGCUGCGCAAGUCCAUGUGGAGACGCAACGUCAAGCUCUGGCUGCUGCUGGUGCUCGUCGGGCUCUUCGUCAUCUACCUCGUCAUCUCCAUGGCCUGCGGCUUCGACUUCAGCGGCUGCUCCGGCAAGCGCGACGACGACGAGUGAGAAAUCCCCACGCUCGGGUCAUGGAUGGAAAAGUAAAACAAGUUUUUGCAUAUCGUUCCUCUUGUCGACAACUUUCACGUCGACUCACUGCAAUUUGUGUUUGUUUGCGCAAAGGUUAGUGGUCUAUCUAUUCAUCUACUUUCUAUCUGUGUGGGCUUGUAUGUCUGUGGCUUUAGCCUGCUGGCCCCUACGACGCAGUCCAGCGCAUGGUCAAAGUUCGUCUCGGAGGAAUUGCGCACGCCGUGGUGCCAGUGGCUCUCGACGUUGGCGUGCAGUGCCGCCGUGAUGGCUUUGUAGAUGACCUCGUCUCGCCCCAAGAAGUGCACGAGCACGAACUGGCAGCCGGUGAAGGCCAGCGCCUCCUUGGCCACGUCGACGUUUGGACUCUGAAGGGUGCGCGCCAGACGCGUGAAAAUGCGGCGCUGCAGCACCUCCGUCGGGUCAACUUGGUGGAGCGGCGGCCCGGACAUAAUAACUCGCGCCACCAUGCGGACCGCACCCACCUCCUGCUUCGGGUACCGAGUCGGCCACGCACUCAGCAAUCGCUUCAGCAAUGGACCAGUCACUGACGGCAUGUACGCCACGAAUUGGCCGGCACAACUGAUGAGCUCUUCGUCGUCGGACCCAGCGGGGUCGACCCAAUGCGCACGCCAGAGCGAAACGAGGCUGGUCAGGCAGUUGCGUACAAGUUCC